CAAAAAGAUUCCUUUCAACCCCCGUCGUCGUAGAGCAUAAACCCUGUGUCACUUACAAAUCUUGCAGUCUCUGACACGUUGGCCGUUUUCUUUCUUUCGUUUCUUCCUUUUGUAUAGUGUCCAUCUCGCCAUUCGCACCUUUUUAAUAUGCAGAACGAAUCCGGUGACAACGUGGACUUGUACGUCCCGCGCAAAUGCUCCUACACCAACCGGCUGAUCGCCAGUAAAGACCACGGAUCGGUACAGAUCAACGUGGCCAACGUGGAUCCCGUCACGGGCGUCGCCACCGGAGACGCCACGCCCUACGCACUCGUUGGGUUUUUGCGGUUCAAGUCCGAAGGAGACAUGGCCCUCACCAGCCUCGUGCAAAAGAAAGAUGCCGAACUAUUGACCGUGGCCGAAUAAGAAAAUAGACAGGAUUGCUUCGAACGAGUGCUAGAUGUACGGCUUUUUGUGUUGCGGGGAAAGCACUAUUCCUUUACAGUUAGUAGUGUGUUUACGAGAGUCUCG